GUGCCGCCAGGGAAAGUUGGAGGAGGCAUCGUUGUGGAAGAUCAGCCAGAUGUGAGUGCAGUAUUGUCUGCCUACAAUCAACAGGGGGACCCGACACUGUAUGAGGAAUAUUACAGUGGAUUAAAACACUUCAUAGAGAGUUCCCUGGACUGUCAUCGAGCAGAACUGUCUCAACUGUUUUAUCCUCUCUUUGUGCACAUGUACUUGGAAUUGGUCUACAACCAACAUGAGAGUGAAGCAAAGUCUUUUUUUGAAAGAUUUCGUGGGGAUCAGGAGUGCUAUUACCAGGAUGACCUGCGUGUAUUAUCUAGCUUAACCAAAAAAGAACAUAUGAAAGGUAACGAGACCAUGCUGGAUUUCCGGACAAGCAAGUUUGUGCUGCGUAUUUCCCGUGACUCUUACCAGCUCUUGAAGAGGCAUCUUCAGGAAAAGCAGAACAAUCAGAUCUGGAACAUUGUUCAGGAGCAUCUUUACAUUGAUAUCUUUGAUGGAAUGCCUCGCAGUAAACAACAGAUAGAUGCUAUGGUUGGAAGCUUGGCUGGGGAGGCAAAGCGAGAGGCUAAUAAAGCAAAGGUUUUCUUUGGCUUAUUGAAAGAACCAGAGUUUGAUGUGCCUUUGGAUGAUGAAGAUGAAGAAGGAGAAAAUGAGGAAGGAAAGCCAAAGAAGAAAAAACCUAAAAAAGAUAGUGUAGGCUCAAAAAGUAAAAAACAAGACCCUAAUGCUCCUCCCCAAAACAGAAUUCCUCUGCCUGAACUGAAAGACUCUGACAAGCUGGAUAAAGUAAUGAAUAUGAAGGAAGCUGCAAGGCGUGUGCGUCUUGGCCCAGAGUGCCUGCCUUCCAUCUGUUUCUACACGUUCCUUAAUGCUUACCAGGGUCUGACUGCAGUGGAUAUUACAGAUGACUCUAGCAUGAUUGUAGGAGGUUUUGCUGACUCUACUGUCAGAGUGUGGUCCGUGACUCCGAAAAAGCUGCGUAGUGUGAAAACAGCAGCAGACCUCAGCCUCAUCGACAAAGAAUCAGAUGAUGUCUUAGAGAGGAUCAUGGAUGAGAAAACAGCAAGUGAGUUGAAGAUUUUAUAUGGUCACAGUGGACCUGUCUAUGGCACCAGCUUCAGUCCUGAUAGGAACUAUCUGUUGUCCUGUUCUGAGGAUGGCACUGUCAGAUUGUGGAGUCUCCAAACAUUCACAUGUUUGGUGGGAUACAAAGGACACAACUACCCAGUAUGGGAUACACAAUUCUCUCCUUAUGGUUAUUACUUUGUGUCAGGGGGACACGACAGAGUGGCUCGUCUGUGGGCAACAGAUCACUACCAGCCUUUACGGAUAUUUGCUGGCCAUCUUGCUGAUGUGACGUGUACUCGAUUUCAUCCAAACUCUAACUAUGUUGCCACGGGCUCAGCAGACAGGACUGUACGGCUCUGGGAUGUUUUGAAUGGGAAUUGUGUAAGAAUAUUCACUGGACAUAAGGGACCAAUUCAUUCAUUGGCAUUCUCUCCCAAUGGACGAUUCCUGGCUACUGGAGCAACAGAUGGAAGAGUUCUGCUGUGGGAUAUUGGACAUGGCUUGAUGGUUGGAGAAUUGAAAGGGCAUACUGAUACUAUCUACGCGCUCAGAUUCAGUAGAGAUGGGGAGAUUUUAGCAUCAGGUUCAAUGGAUAACACAGUUCGUCUGUGGGAUGCUGUGAAAGCAUUUGAAGAUUUAGAAACCGAUGACUUUACUACAGCUACUGGACAUAUAAACUUGCCCGAAAACUCACAGGACUUGUUACUAGGUACCUACAUGACCAAAUCAACCCCGGUCGUACACCUCCAUUUCACACGCAGAAACUUGCUGCUGGCUGCAGGAGCCUACAGUUCACAGUGAAUUGGGAAGCUGUAAGACUGACUGUGCCAAGUCAUUACAGUAGUGACCUCAGGAUCUGAGACCAGGAGGAAUGUCUUGUACAGGUGGACUCUGCUAAUCUGUUGCAGAAAAACGGAAACUAUGUAAACUAAUGCAAGCAGAGUCUUCUCAGUUCUGCUAUUUCAUAUUUAUACAGUUUGAAAAUGCUGGAGAUUGACAAGACAUCGUGGCUGUAAAAGAAGGAAUUGUUCAUGGUGCUUUUGAUA